AUGGCGAACAAGAAGGAGUUGAUAUCAACCUACACUGAUGAGGACCAAUUCCGGGCCGUAAUAGAGGAUGAUAAGGAUAAGAGGCUCCAUAUAGUAGACGUAUACACGGCCUGGUGUGGUCCUUGUCAACAGAUCGUACCCACUUUCAAGAACCUACAGAUCAACAUGGAUGCUUUCGAUGAUCGAAUAAACUUUAUCCAAAUCGAUCGCCAGACCGUGGGAGAAUACUCAGAGAAGUUCAAGAGUACCAGCAGCCCACGAUUCCUCCUCUAUAAGGUGGACAAGGAUGGCAACCUAGUAGCCGAGGUAGAAGGCUGUAACGCCCCGCAGAUACUCGACUUGAUAGAUGAAUACGCCCCGUCUCCACCUGCUCUCGAUGAUUGA